CAGGAGCUCAUACAGAAUGGCAGCUGUCAGUGAGGCGCAGAGAGUGCUGGUCUAUGGUGGAAGGGGAGCCUUGGGAUCCAAGUGUGUGGAGUAUUUCAGAUCCAAGCAAUGGUGGGUGGCAUCUAUAGACAUUACAGAAAAUGCCAGCGCAAGUGCCAGCAUUGUGGUGAAACUGUCGGAUUCAUUCACAGAGCAGUCGGAUCAGGUCACUGCAGCAGUUGAAGAGCUUUUAAGUGGCCAAAAGGUUGAUGCAAUCCUGUGUGUGGCAGGGGGAUGGGCAGGUGGCUCUGCAAAGGCAAAGUCCUUUUAUAAGAGCUGUGACCAGAUGUGGAAACAGAGUGUCUGGACGUCGGCCAUAUCCAGUCACCUUGCAACAAAGCACCUAAAGGAAGGGGGCCUGCUGACACUCUCUGGGGCAAAAGCUGGAUUGUCUGCAACCCCAGGAAUGAGCGCAUAUGGUAUGUCAAAAGCAGCCAUUCACCAACUGUGCCAAAGUCUUGGUGCGGAAAAGAGUGGCAUGCCAGCCAAAUCAGCAGCUGUGGCCAUCCUCCCGGUUACCUUGGAUACUCCUGCCAACAGAGCCUCUAUGCCCGAUGCAGACUACACUUGCUGGACACCGUUAGACUUUAUUGCUGAAACCUUUUAUAACUGGAUCACUGGGCAAAACAGACCACAGUCUGGGAGUCUCAUUGAAGUGAUAACAGAGAAAGGCAAAACUGAACUGGUUCCAGCUCAUCUAUAAGAUGGGAAUCACUUUAACCCCUGCAGUAUUGUAUCUCCUUAUAGCUGUGCAAGAUCCCAGCCCAUGCUACCCGUUGGUUUGAUAGUUGCCUUCCCUUGUUUCAUGUACGGAUACCGUGUCUUUGAUUAAAUAGCUGUAACAUUGUUAUGAACCUUAAA